AUGAUCCGGUCAGCAGCAGCACUCCUUCUUUUGGCAGCCGUCGCUAGCGUCCCCAACACACACGCUAUUGACUGGACGUUUUGGAACGACGACGACGACUCAUCCGAUUCGACUGAGUCAAGCACGAGUCCCGAGACGUUAUCACCUGAAACUCUUACGAGUAUGAUGGGGCCCGACUACAUGGACCGCGUCAAGUCCUUGAUUUCGUCGGGGCACGUGUCAGACUCGUCAUCUACGAUGACUGCUUCAACCACGGACCCCUUACUCCCUUUAUCCGUGGAAACCCCACCUCCAUCUCACAUGCUUUUAGGUUCGUCUUUCGCAAAUUUAAAGGCACCAGAGGAGAGUGUCCUUGCUACACCUUCGACAGCCGUGCGUACGUUCCAAUCCACACAACGUAACUGGGUGGGGAUCUGGAGUCAAUCCGCAGACUCGGCCUGUUACCGGGAAGCUCACUUUAUGAAAACCUGUCCGAGCAACUACGAUCGCAACGAGUUCACGGAUACGUGCUGGACGGAGUGUCCGUUGGCUUACCCUGUCGAAUGUGGUAUGCAGUGCAUCCAGCAAGACAAUGACUGCGAGCGUGAAGGCAUUGCCAAGAUAUCAGCUGUAGCGAUGUCCGCCUUGAGUAUGGCUACUUUCGGGGUGUUCGGCGAGCUAGCCAAGAUGGGGAAGAAGCUUCUGCUACUGCUAUACCAGACGAAUUGGGUCGUCGCAGACUUGCCGGCAACCAUCUACGCCUGCAUGGGCAAGAAUGUGCCUCCGCGCCUUCAAUUAGCUCGAGGUCUACUACCUACCGUCCAGUACAUCCUCCUGCUGGUACUUAGUUAUAAUGACGACAUUGUUUCGACAUGGGGCUCAUUCAAGGCUUUCAUGACGAGGGCCAACUUCACGGAAGCUGCCAGUGAAAUCACAAAGGGUGAGAUCUCAAGCCUGGAAACCGCGAUGGAGUCAACAGCGACCUGUAGCGAAGACUUGAGGUCGGCGCUGAACCUAGUGUGGAUGACAAUCAACGAGUACAGGGAGAAAGAUCCUGGCAUCAGUGAAGCAAACAUUCGUCUCCGAAUCAGUCAGUCGGACCUCAUGUUGUACGACAUUCCUAUCGUGACCAACAACUGUAUGAGUCAAAUGACCUCUGAGUCGACGGUGGCCACUGCGUACAAAACGCGCGAGACGCUUCGCAAAACCUUUGGCGUUGUAAUCAGCGACCUCAUCAAGGAUGGCAAGAGUGACAAUGGAACAUCCAUGGUGACAAAACACAACGCUUACGUGCUGCUGGACGACGUGCUCACACUAGCAUCAGUCACCGGUCUAGAGCCCACCGACCUGUCAACUUUAGCUUCGGAGUUUCUCGAGACGAUGUGUGGCCCAACGCAGUUCAUGGGUGAGAUAGACGACGGCACGGACGAUGCUACCCUGGGCAUGAACGCGCUGAAGAAGGCCUUCAAGAACACUACGAGCUCUUGGACUAGGAAGGGUGAUGGCAAGGUCAUCAUCAACUUUACGAGCAAGGACUAUGAAGAUGUGACGGUGAACAUCAGAUCCGGUGGUGACAAAAUUGAUGAAGUGAGGGUACGAGCUGGAGCCAAAGCUCAGUGGACGUCAACCGUCAACGACUUGGGUGGCAAGACCUUGUAUUUGGACCGCUGGCGUCCUGGAAUUUUGGGCCUUCCUGGUACAGGAGGUGGUUCACUGGUACUAUGGGUACCCAUUGCACGUGACGGGGGCCACUUGGAGAUCAAUGCCCAGUUGAAUGUUAGUUAG